UCUCCACCAACCUGGUACAAGAAAAACGACGCCUUUUGCUGCUUGCAGGACCCACCUGGUUGCAGAGUGGACGAAAGAGAACAGGAUUGAUAUUUUACUACUCUUACUAAACAAAAUUGAAAAAGAUGGAUAAUUGCUAGUGUUUCUGUUGUGCUAGGCAUUUUUUGGGAUCACUUACAUGUGUAUCAAUAUGCACAAAGUCGCAGGGAGAACACGAUUAAAGGCGAAUCAGUCCUCACCUGGAAUCUUGCAUGAUCCCCAGCUCAAGGGUAUAGUGACCAGGUUAUAUUGCAGGCAAGGCUACUACUUGCAAAUGCACCCCGAUGGAAGUCUCGAUGGAACCAAGGAUGACAGCAGUAAUUCUACAUUAUUCAACCUUAUACCAGUGGGACUUCGAGUUGUUGCUAUCCAGGGUGUAAAGACUGGGUUGUAUAUAGCCCUAAAUGGAGAAGGUUUCCUCUACACAUCAGAACUAUUUACACCGGAGUGCAAAUUCAAGGAGUCUGUUUUUGAAAAUUAUUAUGUAAUCUACUCAUCCAUGCUCUACAGACAACAGGAGUCCGGGAGGGCCUGGUUCUUGGGGCUGAACAAAGAAGGGCAGGUCAUGAAAGGAAACAGAGUGAAGAAGACAAAACCAGCAGCUCAUUUUCUACCCAAGCCAUUGGAAGUUGCCAUGUAUCGAGAACCGUCUUUGCAUGAUAUCGGAGAAACAGUGCCAAAGGCUGGGGUAACUCCAAGUAAAAGCACAAGUGCAUCUGCAAUAAUGAAUGGCGGCAAACCAGUUAACAAGAGUAAGACGACAUAGCCAGAUCCUCACGGGUGUUGUGACUUACUCAGUCCCGAGUACAGUUGAGCGAUUUAUCCUUGCCAGACUUCUCCUCUGCAGUGUCUGUGGAUCAGCUUGCAGCAAGUCACAGACUUGCCUAUUGCUGUUUCUGAACUGAGUUGUUGCAAGUGGAUAAAUCCCAACAUGUAGCUCCACCCACAACAAGAAGACACCUGGAUGAACCAGCUAAACUCAGACCAUGGAAUGCCCUACCAGAUAUUGGAAUGCCUUUUUAAUAUCUUUUCUGUGACUGUGACACUUCAUGUGAAUGACAUACUUCACAAGUACACUUGAUACCUUGCCUGCUGACAAUUGCCCAUAAUCCCUUUUUGAGUCCAGUUUCAGCAAAAUCCAUGUGUUUAAGUUCUAUUUUGUAGCACACAAAUAAUCAAGUAAUUUCUAGUUAGAAGCUGUAAACCUGUGCUAUUAUGGAUUUCUCUUCUUCCCUUUUUUAUAAGGCUGCUCGCUCCACUGUCUGUGACCUUUUGCAGGGAUUGUGUUUAUAACUUAAGUGUUGCCGAUGGCUUAGUUCUGAAAGCAAUCAGGGAAUCAGGAAGCCUUCAAAAAUCUAUUAGUACAAAUUAUAUCUAUAAAGAAUAGGAUUGUUGUCUCUGGCUUACAGUAUUGAUUAAAUGUGAAUACUCUUUAGUAACAGAUACUGUGCUUCUGAGGUUGGCAUUAUAGUGGAGGGAAGAGUGUCAAACACACCAACAGGAAGUUUUCUGAAACUAGUGUUUGGCAUCCCCCUAUAGUUUCUUUUUGUGUGUGUGUUUUAUACAUAUCACAGGCUUACUGGUAAUGGUAACAUUUGCCUUGCCCAGCGAGCAAGACCCACUCGUUUUUGGGAAAGUGGGUCCAAAGAAUUUUGUAGGCCUUGUAGGCCUGAAUUAAGGCUCAUUUUUCAUCUACUAAAUCUUCAUUGUUUGCAAAACAACCACCACCAAUAAAAAAAAAAUAAAUAAGACUAACCAGAAUUGCGCUGCCUACAUCCAUUUCAAAUAUAAUCCUUUCCUGUUUUUAAGGAACUGAACUUAAUGCCAUUGUUAUUUUUGGCUGAAUCCCACACCUACUUAGCAAAGCAUGGGCAAGGAUGUUGUUGUGUUCUUUUUUGCAGCACCAAUGCAAAGGGUAGUUACAAAUUAUAGUUUAAUAUUUCCAGUGUUUUAAAAAAAAGUUUUAAAACUGGACAUAUUACAAAACUUUUUUUUUUUUUUUAGCUAAGCAUGCAAAGUCCAGUCCUAUGUAUCUCACUGAUAUCCCAGUACAUACCUCCACCCAGCUUCCUAGGAUAAUAUGCCCACCAAUUGCUAGAUUGAAGGUGCCUUGCCUUGAUCUCUGUAUACUGUACUUUCUCCUAUGUGAACCUAGAAGAAAUCAAAAACAUUAUAAAAUUGAAACCUUGGAUCAUAUUACCAGAAACAUGAUCAACACUUUGAG